AUGGACAACGUUUUACUGUACACGCAACACCGCAAGCAGUUGCACCACCAGGUAAGUGCGACGCCGAAGUGCAUGGGCCCGAUCGUCAUCCUGCCGCAGUCAAUCGAUGAAGAAAUAUCGAUUGGCGUCACCGUGUCGAAAUCGGAGCUUGCAUCACGCCCGUUAGGUAGACCGAAGGCGACAGGUAUAGGCGGUGGCGAUGACUGCUGUGAGAGGGGGGGGGGGCGGCUACAUUCACGUUAUAGAAGUGAUGGCCGACUUGUCUGCCGUACUGAGCUUAGGUCCGUGGAGUCACAGUUGAAAGUUACAGUGCGUGACCGAUCUCAUGAAAUGUUGGCCGAAAUUCUGGCAUGCGUUUCCGAUUAGUUAUGCAUGUUUUCUGUAAAAUAUAUUUGAAUUUAUAAGACCAUCGAAAAUCAAUAGGAAAAAACAUGCUACUUAAGUAGUCACUUUUUGCCGAGUAUGGUUUCUGCAGGAGGCUGAAAAGAAGUGCAUUCAAAAACAGACGUCCUGGCGAGUCCAAAAUGUUAUAAGGUUUUCUGCAUGGCACGCGGUAUAACUACUCCACUUAACUAAUCCUUCCUAAUCGGAAACGCAUUCCAGAAUUUUGGCGAACAUUUCAUGAGAUCGGUCACGCAUUGUAGGUGCGAGGACGAGCGAAAUAGAACUAUCCACCAAGAUUCACCACCGUGGUGACUACCCGUCCUUGUUGCGAGCGUCACGCCUGCUUUAACUGGGUCUAGAUGGCGUCGACUAUGUUUCCCCUUCACAAGUGAUAUUCGUAGGUGGUAGAUCAAAAAAGCGUGCUUACCAGAGCUUAUUAGCGCGCAACAGGCAGUCAAGCGUAUUGACGAGCUGCAAGUGGUCAUACGGCUGCAACGUACAUCCGUGCCGAUGACACCUCGUCUACUAUUCCCCGUCUGAAGACCAAUGACAACCAUCCUACGCAACUCAGACCUCCUUGUGCAGAGAGAUUUCAUCAAGUCCCUUCAGUCGUUGUACUCCCAAGUUAAUCCACCUGUUUAAGUCAGUUUUAAGUCAGUUUAUUAAGGGAAUGAGGCUUUCGCCCUUGAGCACCCUAUUCAUGUCGAUAAACAGAAAUAAAGUCAUCAUUUACAUCAGCAAAUGCGAAAAGUUAAGAAGUUAGCGGUAAGUGUGAGCCAGGCGCAAACUGCCGCCGCUAAAACAAUCAUGAUUGUAUGUAAAGUAGGUUCUCAGCAAGUGAGCGUAUAGUCUGCACUUAAAGGAUUUAACACUUUCGGAAAGAACGACGGCAUCAGGGAGUCCAUUCCAUGCCCCGAUGACCCUGUGUGAGAAGGCGUUCCGUCGGACGUCCGAAUGAGCCCGCUUCCUUUGCAGUUUGAACGGAUGACCACGCAGACGGUCAGUCCGGGCCAAUUCAAAGAAGUCAUCAAAAUCUAGGGCACACUCACGGCUUCUGACAAUCCUGUAGGUUUGAAUGAGAUCGCCGCGCAGUUGCCUGUAAUUUAGAGGAAACAGAUUUAGUUCGAUCAGCCUGGUUUCGUAAGGCAAAUGAUGAAGAUUCUUGACCAUCUUCGUAGCCAUCGCCUGUAGUCUUUCCAGUCGUUGAUAAUCUUUCUUUAACCACGGUCGCCAGGCCUGGACUGCAUACUCUAAGUGAGACCGCAGAUAAAUUAUUCCGGCUACUUUUUACCUCAGAUUCCUCCUUCUAAAUGGAACAAUUUUAGAAUACUACAAAUCUGUAGUGAUAAACAACACUUUCUUACGGUUUCCGUCUACAUACAGAUUUAUCGCAUUAUUGUCAGUCCGUAAAGCGUUCGUCGAGAUGAUAUUAUUGUGGUAUGGUAAAUUGUGUGGUAAAUUAGAUGGUAAAUUUGAUUGCGUAAAUUGUUUUAGCGCGAAAUCCAAAAGUCUAUAAAUUGCUAUCUAUUCCACUUCGUCUUCACAAAUGCCCUUAUUUCAUGGGUAUUUUAAAUACUUCAUGCAUUUUCGCAUUUUCUUUGUGUUUACUUGUUGUCGCCUGCAACUGCUGUCACAAAGUCCUUUUGACGUUCGAAGGAAAAUCCUCUAGCUUGAUAUUUCUUGUCAGUUUUUGAAACUAGGCAAUAUGAGACAAGAAACUAGCAAAACCUCCGGCGAACUCAUGCCAAUACACACACAUUGCAGCCUCUUACAGCCAUUAACAGCUAGCUCAAAAUGUCAAGCAUUGAGAAGCAUAUGGAAAAUCCUCUAAUCCUAACUUCAAGCCCUGCUUGACUACGCGAAGGCACUUGGAAGAGAAAACAGUUCGGGAAUUAGUUUACUUUUCUGUCUGGAUGAAAUCCUUGCACGUGGAUAAAAAAAAUUCGGCGGUGUAGAACUGAAUGCCCUGUAUUCACGUAAGUGGCAUGUCCACCCAGUGCCCGCAUCACCACACAAAUUAGAUGUUUUAACUAGUACGAUCACAGUUUCUUAAUUUAAAGCGCUUGAUAUUGUCGAGGCACGACCCAAGCUGACUGGCUGAAACGAGUAUUUCUUUAUUACUGCCGCCUGAAAAAAGGGCGCGGUGGCCUUGUUCAUCAUUUGCCCUCCAUUUCGGGAGAAGUUUGAUAAAGUCAGAGCCUUCCAAAUCGUGCACUUUGAGCUGGGGAUAAUGCGUAACCAGAAACGAACGAAACGGGCUAAAUUAAUUCAUUCGCUUUCACCAUAGUCACGUCGCCGUAGCUUGCACAAACUUGUCGCAACAAUAAACAAGCAGCUUUCUCGCUGUCCAUGAGUAGGCCUUGGGCCGACUCAUCGUCCUUGUUUUCAUCGUGCACAAGUUGUCAACAACACGUGUUUUUCCAAGCGAACCUGCACGAACCUGAAAGCCGACCUCCCCAAUCUGAUCCACGCUCAUUGCACAAUUGUGUGAGUCCUAUAAAACGUCUGCCUAAUGGCGUAGAGAAAUGCUAUUUUUUUAUUGACGGGAUCCUCAAAAGAUACAAUUUCGAACCUCUGAACGUAAUUGUAACAACAGGUCGGAUUCAAAAUUAUGCGGAAAGUGAGAAAGGCUUUGAAAUUCAAAAUACAGUCUUUCCUCAAAUAAAAAAUUUGAGGAGAACGUAAUUUGCUACUAAAUGAGUACAAGGAAAAAUAUUUUUGUGCACGCUUUCUAAAGAAUAUAAUCAAAUUUAUAAAGGCGUCGAAAAUCAAUGGAAACCCUGCCAGCACAUGGCCCCUUCAUAGGCGGGGCUGGAAGGGGCUGGGUGGGGCCACAGCCCCCUCUGGAUUGAAGCAUUUUGAAGCGUAUUUGCAUCAAAAGAUAUGUUUCAAAAGCACCACUCAUUGUGCCUUCUAUGGCAUUAAAAGAAGCUUAUUUAUCAAAAUUAGCUUAUAAAUCAUGGAGAAAGCAUCAGUUUACGCCCACUGAAUGUAGCUGCGGAUCAGCACAAUAUACUGAGGUCCCUCAUUGCGUAAACUCUCAUUUGUCCACCGGAUUAGAUUGUCAAGAAUACGAAUAAAUAACACACACAGGUGUGUUAUUUAUUCGUAUUCUUGACAAUCGAUUGCAGAUAAUAUCGUGAGUCAGCCAAUGCUGUUUUCAUGCUCUUGAUAGCUGUCUUAGUUCAUUUAUGUAUAUUAUGCUAAUUGUUUAGGUAUCUACUCACCAGCCAGUUCAAGUAGUCGAGUUGUAUGUAUAUGUAUGUAUGUAUAUUUAGCCUUGGUGUUCGUAGUCCACUUAUACAAAUUGUUUAUCGUUUUUUACUGAAUAUCCAAAGCAAUUAUGAAGCGUAAUUACUCUGGCUAUCACUGAAGCACCAGCCGUCGAAGCGGGGACUUUUGGAACGCACAACUGAAUGGCAUAACAUAUGUUGAAGUCCAUGUAUAUACUGGCACUGACAUUUAUUAUGAUUGUACAUAUUUUCCAAUUCCUUUUUCGUUUAUACAAUAAAUAACUCAUUCGCAUGAAUUUGCGUCGCGUGUAUUUGAUAUUGGCUGCUGAUUAGUGGGAACGUGUACGGCGAGUACUAUGUAAUACCGUAGUACUCUACGUAUGCAGGGUGGCUUCCGACGUGUAACCUGUGGGAACAGUGAGGCACUGCGCCUCAGGGGACUCGGUAUACAGGACGAUAUUUUAAAGUGGUGCCAAAAGUGGGCGGGGAUGUGGCGUCCCCUGCGCAUUUUUUUUCGCUGGCGGUGCUAGGCGGGGCUAUCGCGUUGCAUGCCCCGCCACAGCCCCCUCCACAGCCCCGCCUAGCCCCCUCAUGGCCCCCUCUAGCCCCGCCAUUAUUGAUGGGGGGCCAGGCGGGGCUAGGCGGGGCUGGUGCUGGCAGGGAAUCAGUCAUGCCACAUGCAUAGUCAAUUUUUGUAAAAUAAAGAUUUUAUGACAGCUAGACCAAAGCUCUUUCCGAAGUCCGCAUUCUAGUACGAAAGAACAACCUUAGGAUCAUACUGCUCGUUAAUUAAUCUGGUAGCCCAGUUUGAUAAUGAUAAUAAUGAUAAUUUUAUUUAAGACCAGUGGGGGUCCCGUGAUAGCAAGAAAAAAUACAUUUUCAUAUAAAUUAUAGAACAGGUGGAUAGAAUCUGUACAAUAUGCAAUACAUAGUUACUGAGUAAGUAGUCCUUUAAGAAAAAAGGAUAAGCGAGCAGUGGGAAAACUCUUUUAGAGAAUACACAAAAUGAAUGUAUUAAGUUUAAAGGAGAAAAAACUGUCGCUUAUGAAUAGCUAAAUAUGCGAGCAGGACCGGCCUGCAUGUGGCAGCAUAGCGUUUUCGGGUGGAAAUCUCCUUUUAGAAUUCCGGUUAACAUUUCAUGAGAUAACACAUCUACUAUAACUCGAAGAGGCCACUCAGACGUCCGCUUUCGCGGUCGCCAGCAUGACCGUUUACUCGCGCACUCCUGUUCACGGCAGGCUCCCGUUAAGUUCGCAUCUGGUGGACAGGGUUGGAAUUGAGCCCACACCGAUGGUGAAAUGGGUGAUAAUGGUGAUGAAUUUGGACUGCUCUCGCGGAUACUCGAUGGGGUCUACCGGCGCAAAUUUGUCCAUUGGCAGCGUGGAAAUGAUGGUUUAUGUUGGAAGACUUAGCUGUCAGUCCGCGACAUUUGAAUCUUGUGGGCCACAUUUUGGAAUUGCGAGUGAAUUUACGGCUGUAGCGAUGCCUCCGUCGAAAAGACGUUUGGGCAGGCGUCUGUACCCAUGCUCGGGAUGUGUAAAACGCACGCCGACCGACUUGCCAAAACCUGGUGUGGAUACAGGCGAUUGCAGUCCCGAUGAGGACUGCCGCGUUAGGAGCACGGUCCUGUGAAAUCGGUUAUCGAAUUCUUUCUUGGCAGAUUAUUUAGACAUAGAUAGGCUUCCAUAGCGGGAUCGCCUCAAAUACGAAAAUGGUAAUAACAGGGAAUUUCGACCCUAGUAGGAAGCGUAAAUCGCCUCGAUAGGGGGUAGAUAGCGUUUUUUCGAUAUACUUAUAUCGAGUGGAUAGCGUUUUUGUCCGGCGGUUGUACAUCGAGUAGAUUUCGAAUGAUAAUAAUAAUUUUUUAUUAAAGAAACGUCGGGGCCCCAUCAAAGCAAGUAAAAAUAAAUUUUCAUGCGAAUUUUAGACGAGGUAGGCGGAAUCUUUACAAAAUUCAAUUCAUAGUUUCUGAAUUAAUAGUCCAUUGAGAUAUAUGAUUAGUGAGGUGUGGAAUAAAACUCCAUACAAAAAUUUAAAAGUGAUUUGUUUGAUUUUACAAGAGAAAUAAACACUUCAAUAAAAAUAAUGAUGGAAAAUGCGGGCAGGAAUGGCCUGCAGGUGGUGGUAUAUAACGGAUUAUAGCCGGACAUCGUCAAGGCAGCAAUAAAUGUCAGCCUUUAUGGGUACGUAUGCGGGUCAGACAGGACUGGCCUGCACGUGGUAUUGUAUACGGGAUUCAGAACUGACAUCAUCUGGGCCGGAGGGAUACGCCGGAUGAGACUAUUCGCGUCCAAGAGGCCAGACGGGAGGAACCCGAACGCGGUGGGCCACAGCACGCCUCGAUUUCAGCCGAGCAGUGGGGAAGGGAGGUACGACCAAACUACUAGUCGACGGUGAAUAAUGAGGGUUCCGAAGUGAGCGUCGACAGCCAGCAUGAGGUCGGAAUGCGGUAGAUGACAUAAAAACCGCGAAAAGCGUCGCUAUGGGGGAGGAGUGAUAGCAGUGGAUUUAGAAACCAAUUCAAAACAGGGGUUUCUAAUGAUAUAAUUAAGGGUUCCCACUUGUUUUGCCACUAAAUCCCAGGAGGGCCCUUCUCGAAGUCAAGAAUCUGAGCGUUAGGGAAUGAGACCGUUAAAAGUGCCUCUAUGCUUUCCGGUGUAGGAUGUUUGCGUAAUUUCGAUUUGAAUACCAGUAACUUAGGCGAUGACCCAAUUUCUGGCGGAAGAUUAUUCCGACGGAAGGCAAUGAAGAGGAAGCCCUUAGAUGUAGUACAAAGAGGCGGCGGAAUCACCAUGCAGGAGUUGCGCGUGGCAUAAGACCGAUCUCUCAGAGUGAGAGUGUCAAUGUGCGGAAGACUGGAGCUAGAGUUGAUGCGAAAAAGGAAGCAAAGACCAGCUUCGAGUCUUCUAACCCAUAAAAAACUUAAUGUUCGCCAGCAGACAUAUCUGAGUAUAAGAAAUACCGAACGAAGCUUGGGAGAACAGUAUCCGAGUGAAAAACCUCUGCACAGUUUCGACUUUAUUACGGACGCAGGCGUUCAUUAAACCAAAGACAGGACAGCAGCACUCAAGGACAGGAAGAACAAACAUUUGAUAAAGUUCUAGCUUCACUUCCUCGAGGAAAUAUUAUGUGAAAUGAGCCAAAAUAUAUGUGCGGCUUUGGCAGAGAUUCUAUCUGCAUGUGGUGAUAAAGCAAAUUUAUUUGUAUAACACAGACCUAGGUCCUUUAUGGUGAAGCAUUCUGAGAGCGGGUUAUUUUGAAAAAUUAUGGGACCAGGAACUUUGGCAGGACCAAUAGACAUUAAACCAAAUUUGGGCGAGGAAAACUCCAUCUGCCAUGUUGAACUCCAUCUACUUAGGCGUAGUAAAUCAGCGUUAAUUUUUUCAACACACACUUUGGCGGUGUCAUCAAAAUAGGUAUGUAUGUAUGUAUGUAUGUAUGUAUGUAUGUAUGUGGGGUGUAGGGGUGUCAGCGGUGGGUUCACGUGAAGGUCGUAGUGGUCGCUCACUUGCUUGCAGGUGAGACUACGCCUAGCGUCCAUUUGCUGGCACCAAACUCUCACCUGUGGCUCCACGUAGCUGGGCUCUGCUCAGCGGCCACACCCCGGGCAACCGCCUCGACCGGCGGGCUAAACCAGGUGAGGGCGCUGUGCGCUUGUGCCGCGUGCACAGUGUACUGCGGACUCCGCUGGACGUUUGGUCGGAUGAAACGUGCGCCGGCGUCGCCGAGACGAGGGUCUGCCUGGUACGCCGUUGGACAGCUGCUGCCGGGAUGGGUCCCCGCAUCGCCUUUGCUGAGACGCGCCCACCUACGCCGACGGAGACCGCAGACCUCGGCAUAUGCGGUCGUUCUCCACUACAAACAUAAAGUCGUGGUCCCAUAGUGGGAUUCGGUCGCGCCAAACAGGCACACAGGCAGCCCGAUUCGGGGGGCACUGCCUGUCCCCAUUACGGGGGAGGGCUUAGAAAAGGUGGUCUAAACAUUGCUGGGCACCACGCCGUCUCAAGGCUAGCCAGGGCCGCAGACGUCUUAUCAUGGUCGAAACACUCAAAACCAAAACAACAACAAUACCAAUAACAACAACAACCAUAAUCCUUCUCCUCAUCCUACCUCUUCUUCCUCUACCUCCGUCUAUUCUUCUGUCUAUUCUUCUCCUUCGUCGUCUUCUUCUCCACCUCCUUUCCGUCGCCCAACUCGUUUUCUCCAGACUGGCAGGGUGAGCCCGCUCACUCUGGCAGCCUGGAAUGUUCGUUCCCUUUUAGACAAUCCGAGGAGCAACCGACCGGAACGGAGGACGGCGCUAGUGGCACGAGAACUAGCCCGCUACAAGGUGGACAUCGCCGCACUCAGCGAGACCCGAUUCUCCGAACAAGGUCAACUGGAGGAGGUGGGUGCCGGCUACACCUUCUUCUGGAGUGGUCGACCCAGGACAGAGCGACGAGACGCGGGCGUCGCCUUCGCCAUCCGGACCGACAUCGUGGGAUAA